UUUUUUCUAGAAUUAUGACAGCGUCUUUGUCUCCCACUGCGACGGCUUCCGACGCCAUGGACGCCCAAGAGCCACCGCAUGAGUCUUCCCCUUCACUUUCGUCAUUGCCUUGCGAUAUCCUUUUGAACUGCGUGGCCCGAGUCCCGAGGUUGUACCACCCGAACCUCUCCGUCGUCUCCAAGAGCUUCCGGUCCCUCAUGGUUUCGCCUGAUCUCUACGACACUCGGUCCCGACUCGGCCUGGACGAACACUGCCUCUACGUCUGUAUUCGGCUCCCUCACUCCUACCCCGCACGUUGGUUCGUUCUCCGUCGCAGCCCGACCUCGAACCGGUUGGUCCCGAUCCCUUCGUCUCCUUCUCCACGGCUACCGACUCAUUCAUCCGUCGUCUCGGUGGGUCACAUGAUCUAUUCCUUCGGCGGAAUCAUCAGACACAAUCGUGUCUCGAAAGCCCUCGUCAUGGACUGUCGGAAUCAGACAUGGCGCCGUCUUCCCAGAAUGCAGGAGCCUCGCAUGGACGCCCUCUCAUGCAUCGUUGACGGUAAAGUUUACGUCUUUGGGGGCUGCACUAAACGGUAUAUCGAAUCUUUCGAGGUUUUUGAUCUAAAGACGGAAACUUGGGAGACAAUUCGGGUAUCUGGUUUACAGAUAAGCGACAGGGACGACAACGGGAUAGUGGUGACGGAGGGAAAGAUUUACAUAAUAGGUUAUGACGAGACCUUCUGUUACGACCCAAAGGAAGGCGAAUGGGAAAGCGUGGAUCGUUACGUGAGUAGAGCGAGUAUGAGACCGCCAUUUUGCGUGGUGGACAAGGUGGUGUACUCUGUCCAUGCAUACAAUCUGAACACAAACAACCCGACAUGGGAUCUGAUCUGGUACGAUGAAGAGAAGAGGGAAUGGAGAGAGGUGGAAGGAAUGGAAGAGACCCCUGGGUUCUCUGAAUAUGGCACGAUCCUAAACGUGGACGGGAAGGUUGUGGUGAUGUGGGACAAUGACUUCCCGGGCGAUGAUUGGAGAGUCGAGGUUUUGUGUGCGGAGAUUACGGUCGAGAGAGAAGAAGACGGGGAGAUCUCCGGGGACGUUGAGUGGUUUGACACUGUUUUUACGGCCGAGCAUGUGGGUUAUCGUUUCAAACUCCAAUGCCACAGCAUCUCCCUUUGAAUUAUAUUUAUUUAGAUCGUUUAUUUAUUAUUUAGUUUUUGCUAUGAAAUUUCGAAUAUUUUAAUUUUAUGAUGUUAGUUUUUUGCAAAAAGGUUAUGUUUUCGCAUGUCAUGUACU